CUCAAAAAAUCACAUUCCAUCUAUUAUUAGUUGGUAGCUGUUUAACACCACCAUAAAAAUAGCUUUUGGAGCUGAUAUAAAAAAUAAUUAAAUUACAAUGGAGGGAGAAUUGAUGAGAGUGGUUAGGUAUUGGUUGGAGGGUGAAAUUACAAACUUCAUCAAGGUAUGGCUUACAGCCUACGCCUCCCUGUCUUACUGCUAUUUCUCCGCCAAGGUGUUGCCGAAAGGCGGCGCCGCAAGGCUCGCCGCCUUCCUCCCGGUGGUGUGCCUCUUCCUCCUCCUCCCGCUGCAGCUCCACUCCGUUCACCUCAUCGGCACUACCGGGUUCUUCCUAGCCUGGCUCUCGACGUUCAAAUUGCUCUUGUUCGCCUUCGACAAAGGCCCAUUGUCCACUCCUUUGAUUUCUCUUCCCCGAUUCAUCGCCGUCGCUUCCCUACCGAUCGUACUCCAACAGAAAUCGAAAUCUCAAGGAAAAUUAAAUCAGAAAUCAUUCCUAAACUACGCGAUUAAGGCUGUCUUGUUUGCCCUGAUAAUCAAGACGUAUGAUUACGAAGAUCGUAUUCAUCGGAGAAUCAUCGUGGUGCUGUACUGCUUCCAUAUCUACUUGUGCUUGGAGAUUAUGCUGGCCGUGGCAGCAGCCGCGGCACGGUGGCUUCUGUCGGCUGAGCUCGAGCCGCAGUUCAACGAGCCGUACCUGUCGACAUCUCUCCAGGAUUUCUGGGGUCGCCGGUGGAACCUCAUGGUAACGCGUAUGCUGCGGCCCACCGUAUACUUCCCCGUGCUUGACUGGUCAACGGGGAUCGUGGGACGCGAUUGGGCCCAGCUGCCAGCUGUGAUGUCAACGUUCGUUGUUUCCGGGAUGAUGCACGAGCUCAUCUUCUACUACUUCGGGCGCGUGAGGCCCACGUGGGAGAUCACGUGGUUCUUCGUGCUGCACGGCGCUUGUGUGGUUGUUGAGAUAGCCGUGAAGAAGGCGGUGGGCUGCAGGUGGCGGCUGCCCAGGUUCGUCGGGACGGCUAUGACCGCCGGAUUCGUUUUCAGCACCGGAAUGUGGCUGUUUUUCCCGCAGUUCCUGCGGUGUAAGGCCGACGAGAGGGGAUUGGCGGAGAUCGCGGCGGCCGGCGCGUUUGUGAAAGACGUUGUACGCGCUAUGGUCAACUCCUAGAUGUUCGUUCUCUCAUUAUUUUCUGAGUUUUCCACAGUAGAUCAUAAUAAUUUGAUUCUUCUUUAAUUCUCAAAUAAAUAAAUUAUAAAAAGGUAUUUUUUAUUUAUUUAUUUUUAAGUUUUACCAUGAUUUUCAUGUUGACUUUUUAUGUUAUUCCACUGACGGAUGUAAAUCGAGCUGAGCUUGAUAUUUGAAUAAAUAAAAAUAUAGUAUAUGUGCCUUUUUAA